UCACCAGAUGUCGGUUGUCGAUUCAACUUUGUUUUCUUGUUUUGGCAAACCUGUCUUUCUGUUUCUCUUGUUGGCCGUGUUGUGAUCUCACAGGGCCAAAAUGGGUAGACGUCCAGCGAGAUGCUACCGUUACUGCAAAAACAAGCCGUACCCAAAAUCCCGUUUCUGUCGUGGUGUACCAGACGCUAAAAUCCGUAUUUUCGACUUGGGUAAAAAGAAGGCCACAGUAGAGGAUUUCCCACUUUGUGUGCACUUGGUGUCUGACGAAUAUGAACAGCUCAGCUCUGAAGCUCUUGAAGCUGGACGUAUUUGCUGCAACAAAUACCUCGUCAAGAACUGCGGUAAAGAUCAAUUCCACAUCCGUAUGAGGCUGCAUCCUUUCCAUGUCAUCCGUAUCAACAAGAUGUUGUCCUGUGCUGGAGCUGAUAGGCUCCAGACUGGAAUGAGAGGUGCCUUUGGUAAACCCCAAGGUACUGUAGCCCGUGUACACAUUGGACAGCCAAUCAUGAGCGUAAGGUCCAGUGACCGUUACAAGGCUCAAGUUAUUGAGGCUUUGCGUCGUGCCAAGUUCAAGUUCCCUGGCAGACAAAAGAUCUACAUCUCCAAGAAAUGGGGUUUCACCAAGUAUGAGCGUGAUGUGUAUGAAACCUUGAAAUCUGAAGGCAGACUUGCUCCAGAUGGUUGCAAUGUUAAAUACAGGCCAGAACAUGGACCUCUUGCUGCAUGGAAGAAGGUUCAAGAUGAAAUUUACGCUUGAAAUGUAAAUUUUUACGUUCUGACUAAAUUUAUUUAAAAAAUUAAA